AUGAAGCAGAAACUGCUGAAGGUGAAGCAGAAACGGCUGAAGUUGAAGCAGAAACUGCUGAAGUUGAAGCAGAAACUGCUGAAGAUGAAUCACCUGCUGAAGGUGAAAAACUUUGAAGCAGAAACUGCUGAAGAUGAAGUAGAAACUGCUGAAGUUGAAGCAGAAACUUCUGAAGGUGAAGCAGAAACUGCUGAAGUUGAAGCAGAAACUGCUGAAGAUGAAGCAGCUGCUGAAGGUGAAGCAGAAACUGCUGAAGAUGAAGCAGAAACUGCUGAAGGUGAAGCAGAAACGGCUGAAAUUGAAGCAGAAACUGCUGAAGUUGAAGCAGAAACUGCUGAAGAUGAAUCACCUGCUGAAGGUGAAGUAGAAACUGCUGAAGGUGAAGCAGAAACUGCUGAAGACGAAGCAGCUGCUGAAGACGAAGCAGCUGUUGAAGUUGAAGCAGAAACUGCUGAAGGUGAAGCAGAAACUGCUGAAGAUGAAGCAGCUGCUGAAGGUGAAGCAGAAACUGCUGAAGUUGAAGCAGAAACUGCUGAAGAUGAAGCAACUGCUGAAGAUGAAGCAGAAACUGCUGAAGGUGAAGCAGAAACUGGUGAAGCAGAAACUGCUGAAGUUGAAGCACCUGCUGAAGGUGAUGUAGUAGACACUACAGAAAGUGAAGAAGCAACUGCUGAAGUUGAAGAAACAUCUCCAGAAGAGAAAGCAGAAACCGCUGAGGGAGACGAAGCAGCCACUGCUGAAGACGCCAUUGAGCCGAGCGACGAGGCCACGGCGCCUGAGGGGGAAGGGGAAAAGAAUGACAAGGAAGAGGAGAUAGAGGAAGUUCCGGCCAUCGCGAAGAUGACCGGCCGCUUCCAGGUUCGGAAGGCCGCGAGGGGCGGCCAGCCCGUGCCCUCGACGGCGAAAAGGGCUCCCUCGAAGCCGCCUUUGGACCUGAGCAGAGUGGCAGCCAACAGGAAGCCCAUCUCGUGGCGACCGACGCCGGUGCAGACGUCAGCGCGCCCCGAAAACGCCAAGCCGAGAAACAAGGUUCCCGUCAGGAGGUUCCGCCCGAAGAAGGUGGCGGAGAAGGGUAAAGCCGAGACGGCGCCGAAAGAGGAAGCGCCUGCUAUAAUCGAGACGGCAGCAGAACCCGGGCCGCAGGAAGAGACGACGUCGCAGGUGAGCCAGGAGGAGUGGCAGGGCAGCCAGGUCUCCCUGGCCACCCUCGACCUCCCGCCCGUCAACGUGAGUCUCGACGGAGACUCAGACAGAGGGGCGUUCGACACUCACAGGUCUAUCGGGAUGGAGUCCAUGCCGGAGACUCAACAAAAGGACAGCUUUCAUACCCUGGACCAUGACAGCGGGAGACCCAGGACCGCCGGCACGAAGAACAAGUCCUCGAGGACGAGCACCCGUAGAAAACGGAUCGGCAGCAGGAAGUCCUCGAGCCUCAAGAAGUCUUCGGAGUCGAUAAACUCGGCUCCGGAGAUCACGGGCGGGAAAGUGCCAAGCACAAGCGAGGUGUGGGUGCCCGAGGAGAACAAGCUGUAUGUGUACACGUACAGCUCCCAGCCGAGGCUCCUCCACGUGCGCAAAAUGGCCGCUGGGAGGGUGGCCACCACCAGCCAGUACGACCAGGAUCCGAACUCUUCCUUUAGGCUAAAAAUAAGAGGCAAUGGCAACCCUAUGUACGAUCGCCGGGUUGUCAGAGGCUCCAAUUACGCCAAGCGAUCGGAUGGCGACGAGCUGCCCAAGUGGAACCCCUACUUCGCCAAUGCUCGCUCGCUCACCCAGCAGAACGAGCACCCACCUGCCGAAAGCGCGGGGCCCAUGCAGCUCCGUCGGCAGGAAUUCCGUCAGAAGCUGGAAGCGCGAGCCCGGAUGAGGCGAGAGAACCACGGCAUGUCCUCGCUCUAUCCCUCGAACACGGGUCCCUACGCGCCAAGGAGCUACGCCCGCUCGCACGCCGUCUGCCAAACCGAGAAUGUCUACGAACCGCUGGAACGCCCCCCGGAGGCCGAGACGGGCGUGCAGACAGACCCCUGGACGGAAAGCGGCUCUCCUCCUCCGAUCGUCGCCCAGAUUCCGAGCGGAGUCGACGCUGCCACUCAAGUUUUCGACACCGAGCUCGACGCAGACGACGAAGACGGAGCUGUCGUGGCGGCGCUGGUGGGCAGGACGAUGAAGGAAGCGAUUUUGGAGGUGGCCCUCGAGGAGCAGGCUGAGGAGGAGAGGAUCAGCAGACUGACUUCAGAGGCCCUCUCGUCCUUCAAGAAUGAUAGCAACGACCAGUUCAAUGAAGAAUUGGGGGGCGACGAAGAGGACCAGGAAGGCACCACGGAGGAAAGGUCGGAUCCUGAGGGCAAGGAAACCACUCCCGAGGGCACGGACGAAGCCCCGAGGUCGCCAGAGGUUCCUUCGCCCGCGCCCGAGAAGGACGUCGGAAUGCAGGACCAAGAAAACCACGAGUCUCUUACAGCCUAAGAGACCAAGUGGCGGAACCUCCACCUUCCUCUCUCUCUCUCUCUCUCUCUCUCUCUCUCUCUCUCUCUCUCUCUCUCUCUCUCUCUCUCUCUCUCUCUCUCUCUCUCUCUCUCUCUGCAACAAUUUCACAGCUUCUCCCUUUCUCUCUCAUCGCCGCCUCAACGUGGCUGGCACCGACCAAGCGCCGCCGUGCACCCCGCCGGCUCCGCACUGUCAAGUAGUCCGCAAAGUCGGAAGGAUUUUAGAUUUGAAACAAUUUUGUACUGCGCGACCCUGCCAUGGUUACCCUGCCGAAGCCAUACGUCAGGAUGCCGAUUUCUCACCGCCAGGAUUUCUCAUUGGUGUUGGAUAUUUUGCCAAUAUUUGGUAUCCGAGUCGACAGCAGUUCCGACUCCUCCCUACUCACGCAACCUACUCAUUUCUCCCGUCCUUCAUAUUUAACUUUUUUCCCCCUUCCCUCCCCCUCAUGCUCAUCACUAUCUCACACAUAAACACUAUGGAAAUAUUACAAAGAAGAAAUAUAUGUAUUCAAGACGAAAAAAAAAGAAAAUAUCGCAAUAUACACAUGAACAAAAAAUGCUAGAAGUCACAUAUAUAGGUUAGUAUUAGUGAGUAUUAUGUAUAUAGUGGAUUUGUAACUAUCCAAUACAUAUAGGAAUAUAUACAUAUAUAUAUAUUUUGGUAAGGUGCCUAAAAAUGCCAAUACCGUAAAGGGAGACUCCGAGAUGGCACUAAAGCCUUAAUGAUGAUUCUGUGGUGCCGUUCGGGAAAAAGUUCAAUAAUAGUGAAAAUAAUAAUAAUGAUGAGCACUCUGCCGUCAUGCUUUUUCCUACAUCUCUAAUCCUCAUAUUGGUUUGUUAAGCUUAUAUGUGAUAUGGGCAUUACAAUGCUAAAGGACAACUCAAACAUGUGGAAAGAGUACGGAAAUAUGUGAUCACAUGCCACUUAAGUAACACAUACUGGAAGUGGUUACGGAACAGAAGCUUAAAUGGAUAUUUUCCUGAAAAAUAAAAUUCAGUAACUAUGGUGACAAUAACACCGAUUUUCUUAGCGAGUGAGACAUUUUCUCUGUUCUGAUUUCAUAUACAUUUAUUUCCUUUUUUCGCUUCGUUUUAUGACUGUUGUAGAGCAAGUUUUGCAAGUAAAUCAUAUCAUUUCCACGAUGCCUUCUGGCGAUAAAGGACCAAUGGCUGAGAAAUUUAGUCUGAUUAUUUUAUCGAAAAAGAAAGAUUUGUACCCUUGUAUAACGUAGGAAUUCCACUUAUAUAUUUUUAUAACGGCAUCAGUUUAGCUGCAGAGUUCCAGUUUAGGACCAAAUUCAUCAGAAGAAUUUGCCACAAUGUACCACAGCAAUAAAACAUUUACUUUUACUCACACUAACAAAUAAACCAUUUUUCAUAGUAAUAUUAUACAUACCCACUUUUUAAAAUAAAUUUCUGUUAACUUACCAAUAAAAUACUUUCACAUUAUCUCAUACUAAUAACUUUGAUGUUAGCAAUGUGUAGUAUCUUGUGGCUCUGGUGAUGUACCUUGUGGCAAAUAUGUACCUAUGCUUUUCUAUGUCCCUGUGAUAGCAUAUGAUACAGCAUAAGAUCCCGUUUUCUCUUGAGAGCAGAAUACGUUUUUUUUUUUUUUUUUUGGCCAGUGUGGUGCAUUUUCUUUAAUCGGAAAGGUAUUUUAAUCAAAUAAUCGAGGUGCUUUAGUUUUAUCACCCCGUACGUGUUUCAUAAUGAACUGGGCCUCAUGCAAAUCUUUGCAAUAUAAACUUCCUAUCUGAUGAUUGUUUCACACGAAAAAUUAUAUAUACUAAUGCAUAUAGAUAUACUAUUAUAUAACUUCAUAUUCAUGUGCACUUAUUAACUGCCUUCAGAAUAUUACUUGUGCUGUAGGUUGCUUUAACUGUAACAGGUACAAAGACAGCAAAAGCAGGAGGGGAAUGUCCUGUUUAGCACACAAGUCAUGCCAUGUACAAGACUAUGACAAUUUCUUAUAUUUUGAAGUGUUAUGAAUAUGAUUUGUAGCGUGAUGAACUUGAUUCACUCUACAAGUUCAACCUGAAAACCUUAAAGACUGUCGUUUAAAAAAAAAAUAGGAGAAUAUAAAGCGAAACAAUUUUAGGCAUAGCAUUUUGAGAGAGAGAAAAAAGUGCAACAUGCAAGAAUGUGAAUAUACAUCAAACAGGCCUAAAAUAUUUUUAGAAAUGAAUAAAAAUCGAUAUUUAUUUCUUCAUAAAUGUUCGUUGGUCCGUCCAUAAUUUGCACCUGAGAGAUCUUCUCCCUACACUAUCUUCUGUACCACAAUAAAUUAUAAAGAAAAAAAACAUUUCUGUAAUAUAUAUUAUAUUCAACUUGAGGAAGAUUUUUUUCCCCGUCACAAAUCUUUCAUGAGAGAACAUAUAUAUUUUUUGUUCGUUUGUAGAUUCACAUCUUCACACGCACUGGAUGUUUAUAAACAAGAUGUAUUAUUUUUGUAUUCCUUAUUGAGGGAAUAGGACACUCUACUGUAUAUUGUCUUCGCGCUGUCGAGGUUCCACAAUAAAUAUAACCAUUAUGA